AUGUUCGUAUCGAUAGCGGGAAACUGAUAAAAACACGAAAUGAUCAGUCAUUUCUAGACGCUUCGUCCAAUUACUAACGUCUGUGGAUAUUUCUAAUCUUUUUAACGCAAAAUUACCCUUUUCCUAUCGUUUUUGCUCAUUAAAUUCUAGAUCUUUGAUAUAAAAUAAUUGAAACUAUUUUUCAGCCGAAAAUGCAGCAAAAACUGAAGUUGCUCGAAUCGAAUGAGGACUUGGAAAAGGCUCAAAAAUUGAUGGAAAAAAAUCCUGAAAACAUUCAAUUCUACAAUUCUUUGAAAAUCGAACUGGAAAAGUCGUUUCCCUACACAAAGUUCAAAGUUUAUUCUCAUACUGCUGCAAACAACGCUGUUUAUUUUUAUGGCCUCAAAGUCAACAAAAUCACCAGGUCAGUUUUUGAUUUGUUUAUUUUUCAAAUAAAGUUCGAAUAUUCAGAAAUUAUAUACUGACGACAAAUGUAGGAAACUUUGUCGAAGAAGAUUUCGUGAAUGGCUUCCGAGAAUUCGUCGCCGUCGAGAAACUAUUUCAAAAGGAGGCUCUUCUGCUCAUUGCUGACAUUAAAUUUUCUAAUGCGGUAAAUUUUUUUUUGAUUCGAAGAGAAAAGGAAAAAAAAAAUGUGAAUUUCCUAUCACACACGCUUGAAACGCGCGAGGCUUUCUCUCCCCAGUGCCGUCUUCCUUCUCUUGCAUACGACCACAUCACGUUGAAAACACGCCAUCCCGUCCGAUCUGGCAAGUUAAGCAACGUUGAGAGCCGGUAGUACUUGGAUCGGAGACGGCUUGGGAAUUCGGCUUGCCGUAUGCUUUUUUUCAAUUUUAAAACUCAAUAACCAAAAAAAACUCAGGAUUUUUUGAGUUUCCAAAAUUUUCCAGGCCAAGAAAUACGUGACCGAGGUUUUUCCAUGCUACGAAGCGAAAUCCUACCCUUGCACGAUGUAUUAUAUGGAUGAAGAGCAGACGAAAAAGGUCCUCGAAAUGAAGAUUCCGGAUCCUCCAGAGGGCUAUUAUUUUGGUUUUUUUUAUAUCUUCAAAGAGUGCGAGAAAGCAAUUUUAAGACGACGUGGAUCCUGAGAAAGACGCGCAGAUUAUCACAGAAACAUGGCGACAUUCCACAAAGGAUGAGAUUCAUCAAACCAAGUAAGGCCUUGGGAAAAACUACUAAAAAAAUUGACCAAGUUGGGAGAAAAUCGAUAAUUAAAACUUAAAAAUAAAAUUUAGCCAUAUUCACUGUUUCAAUUACUAUGCAAUAUAAGAAAUAAGAAAUUAGCCGUGGAGCGCAUAAGGCGAGCUCUGAACGGCUCUUUUUUUCAUUUUUUUGAUUUUUUUAAACAGAAAGUAGAAAAAUCAGUUCGAUAUUUGAUUUGAAACAGCUUUUCUAUUAUUUUUUUGAACUUCAUAAGGUUCUUAUUCAAAAAUUUUUUUGACAGAAAAAUGAGUAUUUUUUAAAAAUGUCUAUCGAGAAAGAGACGAAAAAUCUUGAUUUCUAAACCUUUUUUAAAGCUCCCAAGUAUAUUUUUUUUGGAAAAAAUCUAGGAAAAUCCACUUAUUUUCAGAGAAAAACUCCGCCGGUUUCCUUCUGGAAUGAUUCGACACGAAAAAGACGGCGCUGUGGCUUUUGAGAUGCUCGAUCACUGGGGCAUGCUUAAUCAUCAAUUUGUGCUUCCUGAUCAUCGCCGUCGUGGCCUUGGAAAUCUCAUCGAGCUCACGAUUUGUCAGAAAUGCUUAAAGUGAGUGGUUUUCCGAGGUCAUUCUACUUUGCGGUUUAGAAUUUUUCGAAAAUUGGCUAGAACACUCCUUGAUGACCCAGAGACAGAUCCUGAAAGUCUCAAACUGCAAAAAAUCCUAGUUUUCGAGAAAUGAAGGUCUUAAUGCCUCAAAAAUGCCUAAUUUGGUACAUCGAGGAGCGCCCAAUUUUCAGGGAAUAGUUCAAAGUAAAAGGACCUUACUUGGGAAAAAAUAAAGGCUUAUUUAGAUAUUUUUUCUAUGAACCUUAAGAAAAAGAUAAAAAUUUGGUUUCAAUUUUUGAUCAACAAUAUUUAUAUCUUGCUUCUUGGAAAGAGGGAAAAUACAGGGAUCUUAUUGGAUAUUUCUGAUGACUUGAUAUAAAAAUUAAAGUAGAGAAGACCUUUAGAAGGACCUUCAGAAGGCCCCAGAAAGCUUUUUGAACAGACUUUUCUACCUUUUUAGCCUAAAAAAUGACCCAAUUUGAAUUGACCUGCAGAUGAGCUGAAAAUGGCAAUUUUUGAAAUUUAUGCCUCAAUUAAAUUUUUUUUGUUCCUAAUUUUGUAGCUUAUUGAAAAAGAGAGAUAAAUUUUGUGAAAAAUAUCGGAAAAUGUGCGCAAAAAUGACAAUAAUUGAAAUUAUUGUAUUUCGGAACGCAUUGAAAUGGAAGAAACGCUUCAAACUUCAAAACUAAAUUCAUCUGAAAUUGUAAUAUAACAAAAAAAAGAUGGGAGCGUCAUAAUACCCAAAACGGAUAAAGUGCCCAAAAAUAACGCUCCCCCUCUUUGACGCCUCUCUGCUCGCCUCUGCCUUCUUUCUCUCGUCCUUGCGUCAAACCGCAUCGGGUCGGGACACCCUGAGACUCAAGCACCCCUCCCAACCUUCGUUCAGUAUCGCUUCUCGGCUUUUUGGCUAAGAUCAGUUUGUAGUUACCGUUCUUAUCGUAUUAACCUACGAUAUGAGCUCAUCGAGCUCUGUAUAGGUUAUUCCAUUUUUGGAGCCGAAGACGGGUCCGGAGCUUGCUCCGACCGUCUGAGGGUCGUUCCGGCGUUUCACUGCUGUCGGACUCGGCCCAGACCUCGAGCGGGUCAAAAAGAAAUUUCAAGUCGAGAAUUACCAAGUUCCUAUACGUUUCAUUCGAGCUAGUUCAAUUCAGAUUUUCUUUUUCGUACGUUAUAGAGCUAGGAUCUUUCAUUCUUAACGUGACUUAUUAUCUCAUUUCUACUACCCGAGUAGUCGGUCUUCAUUUCCGCUCUCGUCCGAGAUUCAAUCCGGCGCCCGUCAGCCCUGGACAAGCUGGGCGCCGUACUGUUUCUACAUGGAGAAGCAGUGAUCGCCGGAGCGCUCGAAAGUCGUCUACUACUAUCAAAAGAGAGGCGAGAUGUUCUACGCGCCGCCUACGCUUGAUACACGACAUUAUCGCGAACCGACAAAAAACUCUUCAAUUAUUCCAUGAUUCAGCACAGAACCUACUCUGAAGCCUGAAUAAAAGUUUCAAAGUGACUGAAAAUGAAAUGUGUCAAAUAAGAAUGAUAAAGCUUGAAUUCAAAGGAUAUCUUUUUAUAUAUUUUCAGACAAGGAAUAAAAGUGCACAAAACGGUGGAAGAAUACAACGUCGAGGUGCUGAAAAGGAGCGACAAAUCGCCGAUUUGGACAGUUUUGACCUCGGAAGGCAAACCGAUCAUUUGGGACUAUUUGGUUUUCCAAGUGAAGACUGAUUGA